CCUCUUCCUCCUCUCUCGUCUCUUCACAGAUUAUUCACGCCUGAAAUCUGCUUUAUGUUCCUCGUAUACCCAGCUCCUGAAGGAUGAUGUUUCCUGUUUAGUCGAUCACAUGAAAGCAUCUUGUUCUCCUUCAUGUUUUAUUCAAUCUGAGCUCAACCUUUAAAAAUGCAGCCGCUUCAGACAAAUCUGAUCCUCCUUUAUUAUUUAAAGCCAGAAACUUCAAACCUGCCAAUCAGGGAUUCGCUGUGCUCCUCCCAGCAGAUUGGCUCAUCAGUAAUCAAUAACGUGAUCAGGCUGGAGCUGCUGAGCACACCUUACAGUGUUUGUUGUAGCUGAUGUGGGUUUGCAGAUAUUUAACCCUUUAACCUGCUGCAGUGAGGUCAUGAAUGAACGAUGUAAAAGGAACUCAAACCUUCAUUAACAGAGCUCCGCCCUCCCUCCCUCCCACAGGUGAACAACAGCAACAAGAAGGAGUGGAACGGGAUGAUGGGGGAGCUGCUGGGAGGCCUCGCUGACAUGAUCGUCGCCCCGCUCACCAUCAACAACGAGCGCGCUCAGUACAUCGAGUUCUCCAAACCCUUCAAAUACCAGGGGCUCACCAUCCUCGUCAAGAAGGAAAUCCCUCGCAGCACUCUGGACUCGUUCAUGCAGCCGUUCCAGAGCACGCUGUGGCUGUUAGUUGGUCUGUCGGUCCAUGUGGUGGCAGUGAUGCUUUACCUACUAGACCGGUUCAGCCCGUUCGGAAGGUUCAAAGUGAACAGCGAAGAAGAAGAGGAAGACGCCCUCACCCUGUCCUCGGCCAUGUGGUUCUCGUGGGGAGUGCUGCUGAACUCUGGGAUAGGAGAAGGAGCUCCCAGGAGUUUCUCGGCCAGGAUUCUGGGUAUGGUGUGGGCAGGGUUCGCCAUGAUCAUCGUAGCUUCAUACACUGCCAACCUGGCAGCCUUCCUGGUGCUGGACCGGCCUGAGGAGCGCAUCACUGGCAUCAACGACCCCAGGGUGAGGAUGAACUACGUCAUCUUCACAGGAAGAGGUGGUAGUUAAAAGGAUGCUAUCUGUGUCUGAUACAGCAUUCAGGGUCCUUAUAAAGAGUCUGUAAAG